AGCAGCAGAACAAAGAUCAGCAAGAGAAACAAAAAAGUUAAGGCUGACGUCGAGAAGAUGGUGCUCACGCCUCCAGUUUGCUCCGUCAAUGAUGUUCAUCAGGGGCAGCGGAAGGAUCCGCCGACCUUCCAUCCGAGUCUGUGGGGUGAUUUUUUCCUGACAUACCAGCCGCCAACUGCACCUAAGCGUGCAUACAUGACAGAAAGGGCUGAAGUGUUAAAAGAAGAAGUUAGGAAGAUGGUGAAGGGUGCAAACGAAAUACCAAAUAUAUUAGAUCUAAUAAUCACGCUGCAGCGGCUUGGACUGGAUAACUACUAUGAGAAUGAGAUUGAUGAGCAGUUGCUCUUUGUUUACGAUUCUGAUUACGAUGACAGAGAUCUGAAUUUAGUCUCACUGCGGUUUUAUCUUCUACGGAAAAAUGGUUAUGAUGUGCCAUCUGAUGUCUUCAAAAGUUUUAAAGAUAAUGAAGGAAAUUUUGUUGCGGAUAAUACGAAAACUCUCUUGAGCUUAUAUAAUGCAGCAUACCUUAGGACUCAAGGGGACAAAGUACUUGAUGAAGCCAUUAUAUUCACCAGAAGCCAACUUGAAGCCGUAUUAGAUUCUUUGGAACCAACAUUAGCAGAUGAAGUAUCUCAUGCCCUUCAAACACCUCUCUUCCGAAGGAUUAGAAUACUGGAAACAAGAACCUAUAUCCCAAUUUACGAAAAGAAGGCUGCACGAAAUGAAGUCAUAUUAGAGUUUGCAAAAUUGAAUUUCAACCUUCUUCAACUUCUUUACUGUGAGGAGUUAAAAACCGUAACACUGUGGUGGAAGCAGCUUAAUGUGGAGACAAACUUAAGUUUUAUUCGAGACAGAAUAGUAGAAAUGCAUUUCUGGAUGACAGGAGCUUGCUCUGAGCCUCAGUAUUCUCUUACACGAGUGAUAACUACAAAGAUGACAGCCUAUAUCACCAUACUAGAUGAUAUAAUGGAUACCUACAGUACAACUGAGGAGGCCAUACUGCUUGCCGAGGCAAUAUACAGAUGCGAAGAGAACGCAGCAGAAUUACUUCCAGAGUACAUGAAGGAUUUCUACUUGCACUUAUUGAAGACAUUCGAUUCUUGUGAGGAUGAACUAGGACCAAAUAAAAGCUUCCGAGUGUUUUAUCUUAAAGAAUUGUUAAAGGUGUUCGUCCGAGCAGGCUCUCAAGAGAUAAAAUGGCGUGACGAACAGUAUGUUCCAAAAACAAUCAAUGAACAUUUAGAAAUAUCAAGAGCAACAGUUGGAGGUUUCCAAGUAGCAUGUUCUUCAUUUGUUGGGAUGGGUGACAUCAUAACGAAGGAAAUUCUUGACUGGCUUUUGACAUAUCCAGAACUUCUCAAGUGUUUAUCAACAAUAGCACGACUGUCCAAUGAUAUUAAAUCAACAGAGCGGGAGCAAAUUGGGGCGCACCAUGCAUCUACUGUGGGAUGUUAUAUGUUGCAGCAUAGGACAACAAUGAAUGAUGCAUAUGAGAGGAUAAAAGAUUUAGUUGAAGAUGCAUGGAAGGAUAUGAUGAAACUCUUUCUUACACCAACAGAACAACCAAAGCUCAUCGCAAAAACAGUUGUUGAUUUUGCAAGGACUGCGGACUACAUGUACAAGAAAACAGAUGCAUUCACUUUUUCCCACAUAAUUAAAGAUAUGAUAACAAUGCUCUAUGUGGAGCCAACAUUAUUUUGAAGACAAAAAAAAUGAAGAUGUCCUUUUCCCAUCUAGUAUACUCCAAAAUCCCUUCAGUUGUAUUGAAUAAAGUGGUAUCCACAAGACUUGUGUUUACCAAAUUACAAAACUCAACAGUUUAGAGAUAGAGUAAAAAUGUUGUAAUGAGUAAAGUAUGAAACGUGUUAUGAAGUAAUUACAUGUACUGUGUUACCAUGUCAAGUAAUAUUACGCACCUUUCUAUA